UUUAAUACUUUGUUCUGAGAGUGAGAUCCCUCUAUCAAUUUCAUUGCACAUAAAGUAUGAGAACACAAGGUGAUGAUGAUAGCGCAUCCGGAAAGAAUCAUCUUCCCAUGCUUAAACUUUUUGAUUCGUCACUUAGGCUCGGUGCGGUUCCUCUGUCUAUUGCAGCCAUAUGGAUUACCGUGACUAACCAGCAGAACAACUCCAGCUAUGGCAUGCUCAAAUAUAACAACCUCUCGGGUCUCAAGUAUAUGGUUUUCGUUAGUGCCAUCUGUGCUGGUUAUGCUCUCAUUGCUGCAGCCUGCUCAUGGGUCAGAUAUUUAGCAUCCAAAGCUUGGAUUUUCUAUAUCUCUGAUCAGAUUGCAGCUUAUUUAAUGGUCACAUCAGUUGCAGCAACAAUGGAGAUAUAUUACCUGGCUUACAAUGGUGCUAAGGAAGAUUCUUGGAGUGAAGCCUGUAGUUCCUAUGGCAGGUUUUGCAGCAAAAUUGUGAUUCUGCUGUGUUUGGACUUUGAGGAUUGGUUGGACUCCUGGCUUGGAGUGUUAGCUUGCAAGGUUCAGGUAGUAUGGAGACUGAUGUCUUUGGCGGCAGGAGGCCAGAGCUUAGUUGAUGAUUAUGGCUGUUAUGUGUUAUAUGCUGGCAUGGCUGGAUUGGAUGCUGUUUAU